UCUGGUCAAGUGUCAUUGUUUAUUCAGAUUUUCAAACGUAGACAAUUGGACGUAAUUAGUACUUAUUACGUCUAUAGUUGUGAAGGAUGUAAUAAUUUUCUAACCUAAAAAUUCACGCAGUGGCACUUGAGCGUGGUGCGAUCGUUCGGAAUCUAGUCCAGGAAAGGGAGAUGAGCGAUGCUGAGCUUCAAGAGGAGGAAAGAGAAGUAUUACUCUCGAUAUACGAGGGCGAUCCGGCUUUUAAACAGCUGACACCCACGAUAUUUCAAUACAAGUAUGGAGAAGAUAAUGAUAUGAAGUCAUUUCUAUUGGAAAUCUCAUGGGGUGCAACAUAUCCUACAGAGAAACCGACUAUCAAUAUGAAUACAUUUUACAAUAAACAUAUUUUACAAGAGGUCAAGGACAAGGUGAUGAAUCACGUAGAGGCAGAGGCUGAGCAGUGGUUAGGUAGCGCUAUGACAUAUACAUUAUUUCAAUCUGUCCAAGAACAUUAUGCAGACUUAGUGUGCAUGCAACCCGACUCAGUUGCCGAUAUAAAUUUACAUACUAGUAAGCUGAAAACUACGGAAGAGAACCAACAGGUCGAGGAAACGAUAAAGAAACCGAAGAAGGAACAUUUAAGUAAAGCCCAGAAGCGUAGACAGUGGAACAAAGCAGAUGGCAAAGGUGAAAGACAGCGAGGAUGGAACUGGGUAGAUAUAGUAAAACAUUUAUCACAGACUGGACCUAGAACGGAGGAGGAAUCAUAGUCCAAGACCAUAAUAUUUUGUACAGUAUGACAGGCGUGUUAUAUUUUUAUAAAUUGUUGGAAAUAAAAUUAUUUCCUUAUCUAUUUUCC